AUGAUGUUGCAGUCAGCAGUCAGUUUAGAUGGGAAUAAAGAGCCAGCAUCAAGUUCAACUCAAAUUAUUGAGUCAUUGUAUGAUAAGGUAGAUUCUUUGACAAAUACUAAUCUACAAUUGACAUUACAAUCUCAAACAAUGUUAGAGAAUUUAGAUAUUGCACAAAAGAAAGAAGUCAAACUGAUUGAAAAUAUUUCAAUGUAUAAGUAUCAAAGAGACAAUUUGGAUUCAAUGUUAAGUAGAAAAGUAAGAAAGAUUAAAGAAUUUGAAGAAGAAUUGACAAGUCUACAAAUGACUGUUAAUUCCAUUAAAAAUCAAAACAAAGAUUUAAACGAACAAUUGCAUGAUUUACAACAAUUGCAGAUAUUUAAUAAAGAAAAAAUGGAUCAGUUAGAUGUACAAUAUGAUUCACUUUUAAAAGAUCAACAGGUUUGUAAAUUGCAAUUUGAAGAAGAUUUAAACAAGAUAAAUAGGGAUUUGCAAACAAUCAAAUCAAAAUAUAUCAACAAAUUAAAUGAAGAAAUUAAGAAGUCGGAUUCUUUUGAAAUUAAAUUAAAUAAAUUUAAAAGACUUAUAGAUAAGACUGAAAAACUUGGUGGAUUCAAAGAAAUUUCCAAAGAUAUAAUUGAUAAUAAAUGCGAACAAGUCUUAAAAAAUUUAGAUCUUGAUUCUUGGAUCACCUUAUAUAAAUUAUCUGACAAAGUUAUUCAAUUGUAUGCAAAAGAGAAUGAAUUAGAUUUAAGUUUAUUAAAGGAUUAUGAUUCAAUAGUAAAUGACCUAGAGAUAGACAAUAUUAAUAAGGAGUUAAAGAACAUUCAUUCUCAUAAUAGUCUUAUCUCUCUUAAUAAUAAUACAGAAAAAUUAACCAUUACAAAAAGAAGAACCAAAUCUGCAAAAAUUAGUUCCAGUCCAUAUCUUCCUUCUCCAAUAUUAGCUAACAGUACAUCAUCUUUCUCUUCUUCAUUAUCUUCACAAGACAAUAUUAGUAACAAAAAUGAUGAGAAUUCAUUUUCAAAAUCAUUCAAUCGAACAGAAGUAAGAGUUCAUUCUGGAGGCAGACCAACAUUACCCGGUGUUAGAAGAGUGUCUAGGAUUUUUUCCAAUGGUGACAGUAAUGUUAUAUCAUCUCAAUCUUCAUCUAGCAGUAACAGAAAUUCUAGGGUUUUCUAA